GACAAAACAAACGGAUGGAUUUGAAAAUUUAAACAAGGAUUAUUUCUGCUUUAUUCUGCAUUAUUUCUUUGAAAUUUAUAAGCAAUUUAUAAACCGUUAUGUCGACAUUCCGAUUACCUACAUUAAAAUAUGAAAAUGGAGAAAACAGCGAUGAAAGUCCGUCGCAAAAUUUGGAGAAUGGCCAUUCGAAGUCAAAAGAGCAAGAAUAUUUUUUGAAAACAAGGAACGAUUCAGAAGUAUCCUUUGCGGAACAAGAAACGACAGAUUCGUGCGAAGACGAACCGAUGUUAGAAGCUUUGGAUAAUUUAUCAGACCAUGAAUUAGACGAACUUUUGGGCAAAGCUUUGGCGCUGAAUAAAAGAUUAAAACAACAUUUAAAAGAUGAGAGUUUGUCAGGCGGAGUGAAAGCGCAAGAAAAGGGGACUUUAGAUAUGUCGAGGACAAGAAAUACUGUAGUUUUGCCGCCCAUUGUUAAGAAUGAUAGUGCAAUGUCUACAAGACUUAGGACAAACAGAUAAUAGAAUUUGGAAAUAUUUAAAAUUUACUAUAUUAAAUAGAACUUAUACAAUCAUCAAUAAUAUUGAUUGGCUAGAUUAUUAAUUAAAGGGCAGAUAAUCAAAAAGACAUACAUAUCACAUCAUUAAAUACACAUUGUGGUCGAAAGGCAUCGUAUGUGUGGCAAAUCGUCCAUCACUAUAUAUAGUAUUAUCGAUAUACAAACCAGCUAGAAUCUAUUAUUUGUAUAUGUAAAUCAUUUGUCAAGAUGAACUACAUUUACAAGCUUGUUUGUAUUGAUGCCUAUGCAGAUUGGGGUUGGCUGGGCGGUUUUGGGUAUAGUGUAUCUAAUGGGUUUCAAAUUCGGCUAUAGGGUAAAUUUACAUUGAAAUAAUUUUGGGUAUUUGGUAUAUUUAACCCUGCCAUCCUACAGGGUGACCCAAUGUUUGUCUUAAUUGAUAGCUGAACCAUCUGUCCAAAACAACUCCAAAAAAUUUGCAAUUGCUAUAGUCUCC